AUGACCGGCUGUUCAAGGACAUAUGAACACGUCCCGGAUACUGACUGUGGGAAAUGUGACCCCCACGAGGAAGUUAAAGGUGAAGAGCGUGGCUCUACCGACCCAGAAAUUCACUAUGGAGUGAUUGCCUCAGGCAACACUCUCACCAAGGACGCCAUUCGGGGAGAUAGGAUCGUCACUACGAUGGAUGGUCAGGUAAUCUGCUUCGAAACGGAUGGCUUAAUGACUAGCUUUCCAUGUUUGGUUAUUCGAGGAAUUUGUGAUUAUGCAGAUUCUCACAAGAAUGACCGGUGGCAUCGAUAUGCUGCCUUGACCGCCGAGACGUACGCAAAGGAACUGCUUCUCCAUGUUCCUAGCGGUAGUAUUCAGCAAUCAAAAAAGGCAAUCGACUUGAUGGAAUCCCUUAAUUAUUUCCAUUGGUGGCUACACAUGUCUGCAAGCUAA